CUGGUGUUUCCCAGAAUUCCUUUCGCUGGUUUGUAACGAAUUUCGGUUCGACUUUAUGUUUCGGCGCCAUUUUCGAGUGAAGUAGACGAGUUAGAAGAAAGUGUGGGGAUCUUCAGACGCAAAAAUUUACAACAUUUUACAAUUUUAUCUGGACAGACUGUACCUGGGCGCCUUAAAAUAUAUAUAUUUUUAAAAAAUCAGGAACUGAACUGUCGGAGUACAAUUGGGAACUGACGAAUUCUUAAGAUUAAAUCAUGCCUUCUAAAACGACUAAAAACUCAACUGCCGCGAAGCCAAAGGGAAAAGGAGUUACAUCUCUGGAUGAUUCCUCAGAUGAGAUGGAAAUACCCCCUCAAAAAAUCAACACAAAUGGGAAAGAUGCUACUCCAGAUGUGACAGAUGAAGCUGUAGAUAAUCGAAGUUUAGAGGAGAUUUUGAGUAGCAUCCCUCCUCCCCCACCCCCAGCAAUGACCAAUGAACCGGGUGCACCUCGUCUGAUGAUAACUCAUAUUGUAAACCAGAACUUCAAAUCAUAUGCUGAUGAACAGGUUUUGGGCCCCUUUCAUAAGCGCUUUUCCUGCAUUAUUGGACCAAAUGGCAGUGGGAAAUCCAACGUGAUAGACUCCAUGCUUUUUGUCUUUGGAUACAGAGCCCAAAAGAUAAGAUCCAAAAAACUGUCUGUCCUUAUACACAAUUCUGAUGAGCACAGUAAUGUACAGAGCUGUACUGUGGAAGUUCACUUUCAAAAGAUCAUUGACAAGGAAGGUGAUGAUUAUGAGGUCAUCCCCAACAGCAAAUUCUAUGUUUCAAGAACAGCCUACAAAGACAAUUCAUCAGUAUACAACAUCAAUGGAAAGAAAGCAACCUUCAAAGAUGUUGGAGCUUUGCUUCGUAGUCAUGGAAUAGACCUGGACCAUAACAGGUUUUUGAUUUUACAGGGGGAAGUGGAACAAAUUGCCAUGAUGAAACCAAAAGGCCAAACUGAACAUGAUGAAGGGAUGUUGGAAUACCUUGAGGAUAUCAUAGGAUCUGCGAGACUUAAAGAGCCCAUUCAGAUCCUUUGUCGCAGAGUUGAAUCGCUAAAUGAACAGAGAGGUGAAAAGUUAAACAGGGUUAAGAUGGUGGAAAAAGAAAAAGAUGCACUGGAAGGGGAGAAGAAUUGUGCAAUUGAAUUUCUUACUAUGGAAAAUGAGAUCUUCAAAAAAAGGAAUCAUGUUUGUCAGUAUUACAUCCAUGAUCUGCAGAGGAGAGUGACCGAUAUGGAAGCACAAAAGCAAACAAUCCUAGAUGACACUAAAGACAUCAACGAAAAAAGUAGCAACCUUGCUGAACAGUUGAAAGUAAAGAACAAGACUUUAAAAGAUGUUGAAAAGAAAUUGGGAAAAAUCACAAAGUUUAUUGAGGAAAGAAAGGAGAAAUUCACUCAACUGGACCUGCAAGAUGUUGAAGUCAGAGAAAAGUUGAAGCAUUCCAAAAGCAAAGUAAAGAAGCUCCAAAAACAACUGCAAAAGGAUAAAGAAAAGGAGGAAGAACUGAAGAAUGUUCCUGCCAACAGUGAAAAAACUAUUUCUGAAGCAACUGCAAAAAAAGAAGAGCAGGAGAAGCAAAAGGCAGUUGAAGAAGAAAAACUAAAGAAAGUUAUGGAAAGUCUGAAGCUGGAAACUCAGGGACUACAGCAAGAAAAGGAGGUGAAGGAAAAGGAGCUAAUGGAGCUGAGUAAAGCAGUAAAUGCAACUCGUUCCACGAUGGAUGUUGCCCAAUCGGAAAUUGAUAUAUAUCUCAGUCGCCAUAAUACUGCAUUAACCCAACUUAACAAUGCAAAAGAGGCCUUACAAACUACGACUGAGACUCUUAAGGAAAGAAAAACAGCUAUUAAAGAGUUGGAGACAAAAAUACCCAAAUAUGAGGAGGAACUACAGAAGGAUGAACAACAACUCAUAAAAAUUGUAAAAGCUGAUGGAGAAAUAAGAGAAGUUGUUCGAGGACUUCGCCAGAAGGUGGAAGAAGCAAAGAGUUCCCUUUCAUCAAAUCGUAGUCGGGGAAAAGUUCUGGAUGCACUAAUGCAACAGAAGAAGUCUGGAAAAAUACCAGGAAUCCUUGGGAGAUUGGGAGACCUUGGAGCAAUUGAUGAGAAGUAUGAUGUGGCCAUUUCCUCCAGCUGUGGAUCUCUGGACAACAUACUUGUAGAUACCAUUGAUACAGCUCAAGAGUGUGUUAAUUUCCUUAAGAAACAAAAUGUUGGUGUUGCAACUUUCAUUGGGCUAGAUAAGAUGAAAGUUUGGGAAAAUAAAAUGGCAAAGAUUCAAACUCCUGAGAACAUUCCAAGGCUCUUUGAUAUGGUGAAGGUUCAAGAUGAGGCCGUUCUUCCAGCUUUUUAUUUUGCCUUGCGUAAUACUCUUGUGGCAGACCAUCUAGAACAGGCUACUCGAUUAGCCUUCCAGAAGGACAAGCGUUGGAGAGUGGUGACACUGCAAGGACAGAUCAUAGAACAGUCUGGCACAAUGACUGGUGGUGGUGGAAGGGUCAUGAAAGGAAGAAUGGGAUCUUCUUUGGCCCAGGAAGUUUCUCAGGAAGAGUUAGACACAAUGGAAAGUAAACUUAAAAAAGAUGUUGUCUUGGCACAAACCUACCAAGAAGGAAAAGGGAAGCUUGAAGAGAAAGUCCAUACAAUGCGACAGACUAUCCGAGAAAUGAAAAACACCUUGGAGAAGUAUAUUGCUAGCAUUAAGAGUCUGUCUGAGCAAGAAGUUCACCUCAAGGUACAGAUGAAGGAGCUUCAGGCAAAUGUUGUUGCAGCUGCUCCAGAUAAGAACAAACAGAAGCAACUGGAAAAGACACUGGAGACAUUCAAAAAAGAAUAUGAAAGUGCUGCUGGAAAAGCUGGUAAAGUUGAAGCAGAAGUAAAAAGGCUGCAUAAUCUAAUUAUCGACAUAAAUAACCACAAACUAAAAGCGCAACAAGAUAAACUGGACAAAAUUAACAAGGAAAUCGAUGAUUGUGCUUCUGCAAUAACUAAAGCUCAGGUUGCCAUCAAGACUGCUGGAAGAAAUCUUAAGAAGUCUGAAGAUGCAGUUACUCGUACAGAGCAGGAAAUUGUGGAGAAUGAUAAGGCUGUGGAAGAGCUUACAGGGGAGCUGAAAAAACUUGAAGAGGAGGCUACCAUUGUCAUGAAGGAAUGCAAAGAAGCUGAGGAGACAUUGCCUGAGGUACAGGAAGAACAUAGAGGUAUGCUCCAAGAGAUUAAAGCCAUUCAAGAAGAAGAUCAUGCACUCCAAAAAGAGUCUCUGAAUAUACGUCUUAAGAUUGAGCAAAUUGAAAGUCAUAUUGCAGAGCAUCAGUCGAAGAUUAAACAUUGGCAAAAAGAGAUUUCUAGGAUUUCCCUACAUGCAAUUGAUGACAAGGCUGCUGAAGAACUACAGACACUGACACAAGAGGAUCUUGAAGCAACAAAGGAUCCUGGUCUGUUAAAUAAUCAGAUAGCAUUAUUGGAAGCAAAGUGUUUGGAAAUUAAACCUAAUCUAGGUGCCAUUGCUGAAUAUAAGAAGAAGGAGGAAAUGUACCUGCAGCGUGUGGCUGAACUGGAUGAAAUUACCAAUGAACGUGACAACUUUAGAAGGGCUUAUGAAGAUCUAAGAAAGCAGAGGCUGAAUGAGUUUAUGGCUGGAUUUAAUGUAAUCACAAAUAAACUUAAAGAAAAUUACCAGAUGCUCACACUAGGUGGUGAUGCCGAGCUGGAAUUGGUAGACAGCCUGGACCCAUUCUCGGAAGGAAUAAUGUUUAGUGUCAGACCUCCCAAGAAAAGUUGGAAGAAAAUCUUUAAUCUUUCAGGUGGUGAGAAAACUCUUAGCUCUCUCGCUUUGGUUUUUGCACUUCAUCAUUUUAAACCAACUCCGUUGUACUUUAUGGAUGAGAUUGAUGCUGCACUGGAUUUCAAAAAUGUUUCCAUUGUUGCUUUUUACAUUUAUGAACAAACAAAGAAUGCCCAAUUCAUCAUUAUUUCUUUGCGAAACAACAUGUUUGAGAUUGCUGACAGACUUAUUGGGAUAUACAAAACUCACAAUACAACAAAGAGUGUUGGAAUAAAUCCAAAAAUUAUUGCUACAAAAGAACUCACAGAAGUGCCAUCUGAAUGAAGAAGCCAAUACUGGAAGAAAUAUAAAAAUGUUGGAUUUCUCAAAACAGAAAUGUAUGUUAGAAUUUGGAAGGGAUUUUGUUUGACUGCCACUUACCCUUUUGUAUUUUGUAGUGUGUGUGUCUGUCUAUAAUUAUAUAAUAUGUGUAUUGUAUGUUCAUGGUUGUAUUAUUAUUUUGUCAUUUUAGGAAAUGCUUUUAUCCAAAGCGACUUUCAGAGACUAGGGGUUGAACUAAGCAUCAACAACUGCCGCAGAGUCACAUACAUUAGGACCUCGGUUUUACGUCUCAGUCGAAGGACGUAUUCCUCAAACUGUAUUUAUUUAUUUUCUGGCAAUGCUGCUUUUGUUUUCCAUUUUUUUUUCUAUCUUUCAGCAAUAAAAAUUACUUUUUUAAUCUUCAA